CGUCUAUCCAGUCCAACAUCAUCGGUGUAACAGAAGAGGGCUCAUUCUUCAAGUGUUUUUCAACAGUAUUUUCUGGUUGACCCGACACACAGUAAAGAAUGGAAACAGCUGUGAAGUUCAUCCUCAUUGGAUGUCUGAUACAAGAUGUUUUAUGUGUCUUCAAAAUCUCUCUGCCAGCGACGAUAGAAGCUCUAGAAGGAUCCUGUGUUUUCAUACCCUGCACCUUUGAUAUAAACGAGGAUAAACAUGUCCUCACUGAGAGUGUAACACGAAAAUGGUUAAAACAUGGAAGUUCAGAUUCUGAAGUGUUUAUAUCCCAGUCUCCCAACUCAGGAACGCACAAAGGAGAAAUAUUUGGCAAACCCACAGAGAAAAACUGCACCACCCGCAUUGAUAAUGUCAGAAAGCCUGACAGCGGUGAAUAUUACUUCAGAAUUGAAAGCGAAAAUCUGAGUUAUAGCUAUAAAAAUGGCUCCACACACAGCCAUCCCGGAGUCAAAAUUGAUGUUGUAGAGUCUCCAUCUAAACCCAAAGUGCAGUUGUAUGAUGAUCAGAUGAAGGUCAAAGUUCAUCAGGUGGUGAUGGAGGACAGUUCUGCGAGUCUGCGCUGCUCUGCUAAAAUCUACUGCCCCUUUAAUCCACCAACUCUCACAUGGAGCUCCUCCUCUAACACCAUCCUCAUCCUCAAUGACCAUCAACAUCACGACCAAACGAAACUCAUCUCUGAUCUGAACUUCAAAAUAACUCAUCUUCAUCAUGGAGUCACUUUCACCUGCACUAUAAAAUACCAGCUGAAGAACCAGAUAAAAACAGAACAGGCGUCCAUACACUACAUGUUCAGUAUGCCCCUAAAAACACAUCAGUGACUGUAAAUCCAUCUGGUUCUGUGUUGGAGGGCCGUUCAGUGACUCUGACCUGCAACAGUGAUGGAAAUCCACCAGUGUUCAACUAUAGCUGGUACAGAGACACUGAAGAACAACUGGAACAGACUGGACAAAUUCUCACCAUCAACAAAACCAACCCGACACACAGUGGUCGAUACUACUGUAAAGCUCAGAAUCAAUACGGCACCCAAAACUCGUCUGUACUUCUGGAUAUUCAGUAUGCCCCUAAAAACACAUCAGUGACUGUAAAUCCAUCUGGUUCUGUGUUGGAGGGCCGUUCAGUGACUCUGACCUGUAACAGUGAUGGAAAUCCACCAGUGUUCAACUAUAGCUGGUACA